AUUUUUUUGAACUGCGUCCGGCCCGACCGGCACAGCUAGACCGAAACCAUCAAGCCCCCUCGCCACCAACGGAAUAACCCGCCGCCGCCGCGGCGCCGAUCGCCAUGGCCAGCUACGACUACGGCUCUCCCUCACCCUCACCACCGCCGCCCGACGGCCGCACCUACCACCAGAAGCAGGCUAGAAUGUCCGAUCUCUUACUUCAGCUACGCCGCAGGGCCAACGACGGGCCGGCCGACCGCCACCGCGAGCAGCAGCAGCAGCAGGUGCAGGUGAUUAACUCAGACCAUCUCCAACUGAUCUCACCCGAGGCAGACGGAACCACCAGGAGGACGCUUGUGGUUAUUUGCAAGAAGCCACGUCGUCCAGAAACUCCUUAUCAACGUCCCGAGCACCACGAGCGUUGGAGCAAUCCCCGUCGUGGGCGAUCUCCGGCACCGCAAGAAGACGACGAAGAUGAAGGGGGCACAAAGGUUGUAUGCCUGACCAAGAUGCUCUCGCCAGGCGACCGCCUCGAGGACGACAGGUUCUACUGGGACUUUCGGAAGGAUGUCACCGAAGAGGCACGCAAGUUCGGUCACCUGGUGAAGGUGGUGAUCCCGCGGCCCAGCCGUGAGGCUGCCCCGGUGGUGGCAGGAGUCGGGAAGGUGUUUGUGGAGUACGUGCACCUCGACGACGCGGCCUGGUGCAGGGGGAGGUUGGAUGGGAUGUGUUACAACGGAAGGGAGAUGACUGCCGAGUUCUUCCCUCGGGCCAAAUUCGCUGCCGGAGACUACGUGUAGGAGACUAGGACGGACGAGAUGGAUAUCAUGGCCAGAAUUCCAUAUAUUUUCUAGUCAGUAGUGAAUCUCUUACCAGUAGUGCCAUAAUGCUGCAUCUACCUUAGAAGAUGGUUAGCAAUCCAUAAGAGCUUGACUACUGACUAGCAAGUACUCCAUCUAAAAUGACAUGUUUGACCAUCAUAUCCUCUAUCGUGCAAAACUAAACACUGGACCUACAAAAGUAUAUAUAGACAUUUUUUCAUAACUUGGAGGUAUAAUAAUGGAACAGCUG